UCAGUCAUUAACUCUCAGAGCAGUCAACUCUCUCUCUUUCUGUCUCUUCACUGACCGUUUCAUGUCCACUCUCUCUGGCACCACUUUCUCUCUCUAAAAAGCCAUACUCCAGACUGGAUUGAAAAUGCGGAUUGACUUUCAACCAAGGGCAUCUCGCUUCCAAGGCAAGCAAAACGAAACCUCACCUAAAAACCUUAUGCUAAUAGCCUAAUCCUCUUCUUUUUCUCUCUCUCACACUCACACUCACACACUGAUCAUGAUGAUACCGCUCAUGUUCUUCCUCGUUGGCAGAUCUCUCUCCUAGAAAGAUCUCCCUAUAUCUCUCUACAUCAACAUACGUAUUCACAUUUGUGGCUUAUUUACCGCUCAGCUCUUUCAUUGAAGCAAUGGAGUCGAGACAGGGAUCAAAAUCAAAGAAGGCAAGCUCUAGAGCGUUAAAAUCUCCGUCAUCAUCAACGACGUCAUCGUCAAAGCAGUUGCCGGAUACUUCGUUCGACGGUCUGAGCUCGCCAGGAUCGUCGCCUGUGAGAGGCAAGCCGCAGUACUUUUACUCGGAGAGUUUGCCUUUGGAUGCAGAGAGAUCCAAAGAGAAUGUGACUGUUACAGUCCGGUUUCGGCCUCUCAGUCCGAGGGAAAUUCGACUAGGAGAGGAGGUUGCAUGGUACGCGGACGGAGAGUCUAUUGUGCGGAACGAGCAUAAUCCAUCGAUUGCAUAUGCAUAUGAUCAGGUAUUUGGCUCUACAACAACAACACUUCGUGUCUAUGAUAUUGCUGCUCAACAUGUCGUCAGUGGUGCCAUGGGAGGCAUCAAUGGUAAACUCUAUUAUCCUCUGGGGGUGAUUCAUAUAUUGGUCCUGGAGGCAAUCAAUAUAUGUCAAGGAGGAAAUGUGUAUAGAAGGUGCAGGCAGGGUGAUCAGAGAUCCCCUGGUAUUAUACCGUUGGCUGUGAAGGAUGCUUUCAGUAUUAUUCAAGAGACUCCAAGUCGAGAAUUUCUGCUCAGGGUCUCAUAUUUGGAAAUCUAUAAUGAGGUUGUUAAUGACUUGUUGAAUCCGGCAGGACAGAAUUUAAGAAUUAGAGAGGAUGCGCAGGGAGCCUUUGUUGAAGGAAUCAAGGAGGAAGUUGUAUUAUCCCCAGCUCAUGCCCUUUCCCUCAUUGCAGCUGGAGAAGUGAUGGUGCUGUUUCUUACUAAUCUUCACUAUACUACUAGACAAUUGAGAGCAGCCCCUGUGGUGAAAAUUGUGAAGGCGAGGCUGUUACCUUGUCGCAGCUGGUAUACAUAUUCUGCUUCUUCAACAUUUAAUCUCAUCGACUUGGCAGGGUCUGAGAGUUCUAAGGCUGAAACUACUGGUGUGCGGCGAAAAGAAGGAUCAUAUAUCAAUAAAAGCCUGCUAACCCUUGGAACUUCAAGCUUCUAUUUAUCAGUAGCUAAGCACAGCGAUUUUAGUUUGGCAAGAUUCCGGGUUAUAUCAAAGUUAACAGAUGGGAAUGCUACUCAUGUACCUUACAGGGACUCUAAGCUGACUAGGCUUCUUCAGUCUUCUUUAAGUGGUCAUGGACGUGUAUCUGUAAUUUGCACCGUUACCCCCUCGUCAAGCAAUUCUGAAGAGACACAUAACACAUUGAAGUUUGCCCACCGUGCAAAACAUAUUGAAAUUCAAGCAGCACAAAACAAGAUAAUUGAUGAGAAAUCACUUAUCAAGAAAUACCAAAAUGAGAUUCGCUGCUUAAAGGAGGAGUUAGGGCAACUAAAGAGAGGUAUUGUUACAGUUCCACAGCUGAAAGAUACCGGUGAAGAUGAUAUCUAUCUCCUAAAGCAAAAGAAAAGCCAGGGUAGAGCCUCGGAGCUAACCCAAGCGAAGAUCGGCACUCGAAAGCUUGAGGAGCAGCCCAAAAUGGAGAAAGCCAUGGAGACGGCAAACUCGACAAUCAGACACACCAUGAGGCUGCUAGAAGAUGGUCAAGUUAAACUGCAAUCAAGAUUGGAACAAGAAGAAGAAGCUAAAGCUGCUUUAUUAAGUAGAAUACAACGUCUGACAAAGUUAAUAUUGGUCUCCACAAAAACUUCACAAUCAUCUAGAUUUCCUAAUCGCCCGGUUCCCAGAAGAAGGCAUUCCUUUGGAGAAGAAGAGCUUGCAUACCUCCCCUAUAGAAGACGAGACUUGAUCUUGGAUGAUCAAAACAUUGACUUGCAUGCUUCUCUAGAUGGCAAUGGUGACACUGAAGAUGACACCUUGAAGGAGGGGAAAAGGACCAGGAAAAAUGGAUUGCUAAACUGGUUAAAACUUCGGAAACGAGAUAGUAGCUUGGGGGCUUUGGGAAGCACUAGUGAUAAAUCAAGUGGGGUCAAGUCUACUAGUACACCUUCAACCCCUCAUGCAGAAAGUGUUAAUCUACACAUGGAUUCAAUACCUUCAUAUUCUUUACUUACAGAAAGCACCCUAUCAACAGAUCUUCUAUCUGAGGCGAGACAGGAUGGACCGGCUCCCGAGGAUAGUUUUCUGGAGCAAGAGACUCCUCUGACUAGCAUAAAGACAAUUGAUCAAAUCGAUCUGCUGAGGGAACAGCAAAAGAUUUUGUUUGGAGAAGUGGCACUCCAUUCAAGUGCUCUGAAGCGAUUGUCUGAGCAGGCUUCAAGAAACUCAAAAAAGGAACAUAUUCAUGUGGAGAUAAUAAAGCUGAAUGAUGAAAUCAAAAGGAAGAACGAACAAAUAGCUUUUCUAGAAAAGCGAAUUUCAGAUUCCGUCACCUCUUCUCACGACAAAAUGAAUAGAGUGGAAGCAUCACAAUCUCUUACUGAACUGAUGGCACAGUUGAAUGAGAAGUCCUUUGAACUCGAGGUUAAAGUUGCAGAUAAUCGAGUAAUUCAAGAGCAACUGAACCAAAAGAUCUGUGAAUGUGAAGGAUUGCAAGAAACAAUUGCCUCCUUGGAACAACAGCUCUCUGAUGCACUAGACUUGAGAACAUCCAGCCCAGAGAUCAGUCAUGUACAAUGCUAUCCUGAAACAAAAAUUGUCCAGAGAGAACUUUGCAUGGACGAGGAAAAUAUGUUAGUGAAAGAUACAAAUGAAGGGCUGCUUCUACAAGCUCAGGCAACCGAGAUUGGAGAACUCAAGAACAAAGUGGCUGAACUAACCGAGUCAAAGCAGCAGCUGGAGCUUCGGAACCAGAAAUUAGCAGAGGAGAGUUCAUAUGCCAAAGGCUUAGCCUCUGCUGCAGCGGUUGAGUUGAAAGCAUUGUCAGAAGAAGUCGCAAAGCUCAUGAACCAUAACGAAAGACUAGCUGCUGAGCUUGCAGCUCAAAAGAAUUCCGCCACCAUGCGCAGAACUAGUAGUGCCACCCGUAAUGGCCACGGCCGGAGAGACAUUCAUGUCAAACGGCAAGACCAAGGUGUGCUAUCAUCGGAUAUUAAGAGAGAACUGGCAUUGAGCCGGGAGAGGGAGCUUUCAUAUGAAGUUGCUUUGGCAGAAAAGGGUCAAAGAGAGGUUGAGCUACAAAAGAAGAUUGAGGAAUCCAAACAAAGAGAAGCUAAUCUUGAAAAUGAGGUUGCUAAUAUGUGGGUUCUUGUUUCAAAGCUUAAAAAAUCUCAAGGAGACGAAAAUGAUGUCUCUGAAUCGACCAGAGAAAGCGGGAGAGCUGAUGGUUUUGAUAGUUGGAGUAAUCCGGUGCAGACAAAAGAAUUUCUAUAACCAACGAGGUAUCGGCCUAGUAUAUGAGAAUUCGAAUUUUUUUGCCUAAUGUUGAAUUCAAGUUUUCAUAGUUAUGGCAGCUCGUUGACUAAACUUAUUCUUCAGCAUUCAAACCACGUGGUGGGACUUAGUUGAUCUAUUUAUAUAUUCAUUUUGUAUAUAUAAAAAACGAACUUAUAUAAGAAAAGUUUGUAACUAGAAAGUGUAGAAUGAGCAUUGUUUGUAACUAGA